AUGACGACUGUUCAGGUGUACAACUGCACUAGUGCUGUAUGCGAAAUCGACAAGCACCAGCUAGCACAACUCUAUCAGCAAUCGAAUUCGGCUGAGGCUGUCGUCCGUAUGACCUAUGCUUUUGCAGCUGUAGGGCAGAAAAUCGCCAGUGAUGCUACUAAGGAACGUACCUGUGCCCACCCAACUCCUGAAUGCACUGAGUUGAUUAUGCGGGAAUUCCUGGCGCUCGACUACACAUUCGGCAUCAACGAUCCCUCUGAACUGGCUGGUGAACGGCUCAGAUUCUAUAGAGGCCGCGAACACGUUCUUCUCGCCUCUGGAAUGACCGUAAAAGCAAUUGAACUGUUUAACGACGACGAUGGAAAGACCAACGUCUACAACCUGAUGUCGUAUACUACCGGCAAACAACCUACAGUAACUUUGUCAUCAAUUCGGCCCUCUGAUCAAAGAAAACGAUCAAUAUGCAGUCCAUAUCGGCCGUUCUGUGGUCAGUGUCCGAAUGUGCAACUGGUUAAUGGAGAGAGGCAUUUCCUCUCGAUUCCCCGUCACUAUCCAAUGUACCUGAUUGGUUUGUUUGAUCUACAUGGGGGUGCUGCUUGUCAGUCUAUGAAAGCGACAGACAUCAGUCUGCCAAUGGCAUUCAUUCAUACGGUGUGGACAUUCAAACAACGCUUCCCCGAUCUGUUUCUUCUGAAGAAUCUCGACUUUGGUGCAUUACUUGUGGAUUCGUGCUCGUCCGGGAAGCAAGCCAUUGAGACCGUUGUCCGGGCGGAAACGCAAUGCUUCCGUUUCAACCAAGCUGGACGAAAUAUCACAAUCGUUCCCGGAUCGGUCUUUGGCUAUAUGUCCGCGUUACAUGGCGAUUCUCAGGAAGCACUGAAAGGCUACUUUUCAUCCGGAGAUGCUGCCGUCGCAUUGGUGGCCGCUGACUCGGACUCAACACCUCGCCACGCUUUCACGGCCCUGCCAGGAGCACGGAGUCAAGCGAUAGCACUACUCAGAUUCCUUAAUCGAAUGCACUGGCAGUUUGUGACAGUAGCACUCAGUGAACAGGACCCUGAAUCUCUGUCAGCUUUCCGUCACUUCGAGCGCUUAGCGCUGGAUCGUGGUGUGUGUCUGGCUGAAGUGGUGAAUAUUGGCGGAGUCCGCGUUGAAAACCUGCCCAUUGGCACCUCCACCAACGUCACCAUUGUAUUCGCAACUGCUCGAGACGCCUCUGCCUAUCUGUCGUUGACGCUUCGUUCCCCUCGAAGAGUUGUCCAUGUGAUGAUGGGUGAUGCUCACGAUUGGUACCUGCACGAACCUCAGAUCCGAAAGCACUUCCAAGGAAUCGUCUCUGACAUCCUUCAUCAUGACUUCCGUGAAUGGAUGGAGACAACGACGCCACUGACAUUGCCGGAGAAUUGGUACUGGUCGUACAUUGAGGAUCGCUGGCAAUGUGCCCUAACCCAAAAGAGUAAGCUCACCUACGGAAAGAUGUGUUCCGGCGAUGAACUGCUGAAUGUCAGCACCUUGGGACGAAUGACUAAAGCUGGAUAUUUGUCACGAGGAAUCGAACGAUUCCUCUUUGCAAUGGAUUCAGUCUAUAGGUCGGGUCUCUGCUUGGAGUUCUACGAGAGUGGACGUGAGCUUAUCCUUGCCCAAUUGAAAAAGACUACCAUCGAAGAUGAUGUAGAAAUCUAUGAGUAUUUGCAAGUUGGAAGUGACGAAUAUGCAUAUCGUACCCUUGGUAAUUGGUCGAUGAACGGUGGUCUGCGCCUGCACUCGCUCUAUCGCAGUUUCUUCGACGGACCAGUGGAGUCGAAAUGUCAACCGCCUAUGUGC